GGAAGGAGAUAGAAUACACAGAGACAUCCUCCACCCCAAAUUUAGAGGAUGUUGUCACUACUUCGGAUCGGAUAACGAGAUCGACACUGGGGAAGAGAGCAAGACAAAAAGGGCUUUAGCUUGCGCUGCAGGACGGUGGCAAAUCGGUGGCGAAACACCCGGAAAUCCCGGAAGCAACCCAUUUGGAUAUGGCGUCAGAUUUGCCAAAGGGUGCUCCACCUGGUGAUAAAUCCAGUGAUGCUGACGGCAUAGGUCCCGAGUCUGGACCAUCCGUUUCGGAGGUGUCAUCAGAUGCUUUUCCUCCCGAAGUUGGGUUGGCUGGCAACCCUUUUGAUUUCUCAGCCAUGUCAAACCUUCUUAGUGACCCUAGCAUCAAGGACUUAGCCCAACAGAUAGCUAAGGAUCCUGCAUUCAACGAGAUGACGGAGCAGCUGCAAAAGACUUUUCAAGGCUCGGCUGAAGAAGGCAUUCCGCAAUUUGAUCCUAGACAAUAUCAGUCCACCAUGCAGCAAGUUAUGCAGAAUCCUCAAUUCAUGGCUAUGGCUGAGAGACUUGGGAGUGCCCUAAUGCAAGACCCAUCUAUGUCUAGCAUGCUUGAGAAUUUGGCAAAUCCAUUAAGGAAAGAACAAAUGGAGGAAAGAAUGGCGCUUAUGAAAGAAGAUCCAUCUAUCAAGCACGUAUUAGAAGAAAUAGAGACCGGUGGUCCAGCUGCCAUGAUGAGGUACUGGAACGAUAGGGACGUUCUAAAGAAGCUCGGGGAGGGCAUGGGUUUUCCAAUUGCAGGAGAUACAGGCACUUCAGCUGAAAAUAUACCAGAUGAAGAAGAAGAUGUGGGAAAUGAGGAUGAAUCAAUUGUUCACCGCACUGCUAGUGUUGGUGAUGUGGAGGGGUUGAAAAAAGCGCUGGAGUCUGGUGCUAACAAGGAUGAAGAUGAUACAGAGGGAAGAACCGCCUUGCAUUUUGCAUGUGGAUACGGUGAGGUCAAGUGCGCUCAGGUACUCCUUGAAGCUGGAGCGGCCGUGGAUGCGCUGGACAAGAACAAGAACACUGCACUUCACUAUGCAGCAGGCUAUGGCAGGAAAGAUUGUGUUGUACUUCUGUUGGAACACGGUGCUGCUGUCACUCUACAGAACUUGGACGGAAAGACUCCUAUUGAUGUUGCAAAGCUAAACAACCAGAAUGAGGUCCUAAAGCUUCUCGAGAAGGAUGCCUUCCUGUAAUUGAUAGGUGAGGUGACAUGAGUGAGCAUCAGUUCUAGAGCUUCGCUGUGUCCUAUGCAAACAUUUGUAUUUUGGUCAGCUUGCAACUGCAACUCAGAGUUUUAUCUACAUUGCUUUUCUCCUCCUCAUUUCUGCUGGUUCACUGUAAUUGUCAUGCCUGCGGGGGGACUAUUUCUAAGGGAAGUACCGUCCAGGCGUUUGCAUUCCCUUCCUCA